AUGGUUGCCCUGAGCAACGCGCCCAACGUCGCAGAUAAACAACCGUAUCACAGGCGUCGUCAUGCGGUUCUAGACGAGACAACCUCUCCCAGCACGGACUUUAAACAUUCUGACAACGAUCCAUCCGACAUCCUACCCUUACCAGCUCGAAGCAGUCGAUCCGCAAUCACCAAAGUUCACCACCAACUCUACAAACCAUAUACAUACGUGCAACCUCAUUCCAAUUUGACUGGCAUGAUGCCAGCGGCGAUAGCCACAGAUGGCGGGGCGCCGCCUUCGGUGCCACUCAGCUUUUCCAACAACUUCUGGGGUCGAGAUGAUGCCGGAGUCGAUCCUCUACUGACACGAAUGGCGAAUGCGCGAACGACAUGUGACGAAUUAAAGGCAUUUUACAACGCACGAGCGGCGCUGGAAGAAGACUAUGCGAAGAAACUACUCAAUCUGUCUAGAAAGCCAUUGGGGAGUGUGGAGCAAGGAUCCUUACGCACCGCUUUGGACGUGGCGAGAGGGGAGACGGAGAAUAUGGGCAAGCAACAUGCGUUGAUCGCUCAACAGAUGAAAACCGAGUUGGAGGAACCGCUGGCGGCCUUCGCAGGUGGAAUGAAAGAGAGACGCAAAAUUGUUCAGACUGGGAUUGAGAGACUGCAUAAGACGAAACAACAGCAGGCUGCUCAUGUUAACAAGAGUCGCGAUAAAUAUGAGCAGGAUUGUCUGAGGAUUAAAGGCUAUCUGGCCCAAGGUCAUAUGGUCAUGGGUCAAGAGGAGCGUAAGAAUAAGGCGAAGCUUGAGAAGACUCAGAUCAAUAUGGCGACAAACUCUAAUGAGUAUGAAGCUGCAGUCAAGGUUCUUGAAGAAACGACUGGUCGGUGGAACAAAGAAUGGAAAGCAGCUUGUGAUAAAUUCCAAGAUCUUGAGGAAGAGCGAGUGGACUUCACAAAGUCGUCGCUAUGGGCAUUCGCCAAUAUUGCAUCCACAGUCUGUGUAUCAGAUGACGCCUCCUGUGAGAAGGUGCGCCUUGCUUUGGAGAACUGUGAGGUCGAGAAGGACAUUUUGCACUUCAUCAAGACUUGUGGUACAGGCCAGGAGAUCCCAGACCCACCUCGAUAUAUCAACUUUUGCAGAGGUGACGCAGAUACCGCCUCCGAGGUGUCUGAAGAUGAGAAUUACUCGGUCGCACAGUUUUCUCGCACCACCAAUCCCGCCUUCAGAUCCUCCUCACCUUCACACUCAGCGACAGGAACGCGAUCCGUUCGUGAUGAAACACCCCAGCGCAUGAUGGAAGAUCCGGUACGACGGAUGGACGAAGAUGACAUGCCAACACCGAGUAACAACAGCAAUGGGCACCCGCGGCCGUUGAACUACAAGCAGCAAGGACACAAUGUGCCUCCCAACUAUUCGCCUAGUCAACAUGGCGAAGUGUCCACAAUCCCUCACAAUCAGUAUCCAACCGACGGUAUGACCAUGUUCUGUAGGUCUGAUGUGGCACCGCCUUCGGCCACAGGUUCAGCAAUAUCAAGCAACACUCGGCCUGGAAGUCGUGAUAGCGAAAGCCAAUACUCUGUUCCAAGCUCAUACACGAGCGCAGAGCCAAUGUCUGGAACUUCAUCACCAACCAAGAUGGCGCCAGCGGGUGGAGUUGAGCUACCAGGUAUGGCAUCGCCGGAUAAAUCGAUCCAAAAGAAGCGAUCUGGUUUCUUCUCCAACAGUCCAUUCCGGCGCAAGUCAAGAAGGGAGCCGGAGACAGCUACAGUCAAAUCUUCGAACAAUCGAAACACUUGGAACGCAGGGUCUGCAUCAACUACUCGCAUCAAUCUCAACCCCACAGUGUCAAAUGCGUCAAGUUCAACAUCCAGCCCGACAAAACCAGCGGUGCGGAAUCCCUUCAAUCGAAAUGCCGGCGCAAUGGCUCCCGAGGGAGAAGAGGCGGCCGACCCACGGGCGAACUUCCAACUGAACAUUGGAAAUAAUGUGUUUGAUGUCGCAAGCCCCGACAGUCAACAGUCGCAGUCGACCCCAAGAGCAAGUGCUUUGACCAACAGAAGAAGCCAAUUCGGUACACCAUCAGCGCUUGUCGACGAGCACGAUCCUUUGGCACGUGCUCUGGCGGAUCUCAAGUCUUCAGCACUAUCCAACGGCAUGUCAAAACAAGCCAGCAUGCGUAUGGCAGUCGACCGAUACCACGGAGUUGCAACUCCUGCUCCAGACGCCGAGGUGGCGGCUAACCCAACUUUGAUGAGCGCUGAGAGCCAGGCGAGAAUGGCAGCCCAGCGAGGUACACCACCGCCAGCUUAUGAGGGGCGGGCUCAAUCAGCUUUAGGAGUUCCACAUCCUGCACAUACCAAGAAAGAGAUGUUGAAUCGAACUCAGACCUGGGGAACAGACACUAUGUCACCAAAUCCACGGGGAAAUCAUCAAUCACGUCCUGCUACACGCGAGGGUCGGCGAAGUCCCGGACCGGGAAUGAUGAGAGCAGCAAGUCCACAGCCACAGCAGUACGGUCAACGAGCCCGAAGCCCAGCACCAGGAAUGGCAGCUCGAGGGCCAAGUCCACAACCUCAAGGAAGUUACCGAGCACGAAGUCCUGCUCCAGGUAUGACGCCUCGAGCGGCGAGUCCCAACCCACAAGGUGCAUAUGCAAGAUCACGAUCACCGGCCCCUGGCAUGAUGCAGCAAUCACAGUAUCGAUCUGCGUCACCGAACCCAUACGCCGGUGCAGGAGAUCGAGCUCGAGGUCAGUCGCGACAAGGAAGUGGUAUGGAGAUGCAGCUUUCUUCUUCCGACGUGACACGGUACGAACAUGGAGGGGGAAGCGCCCGAGACAGACAGAGUAUGCGUCCAACAAGCAGCUUUGGUGGUGAUCGUUAUGGUCAGAGCCAAGGUAGAGGAGGGUCCAAGGGCGGUGAAAUGGAGUUGAGGCGAGAACGCAGUAAGAGCCUGGCCAACAUCCCUAUACGCCAACAGCAGCAAGAGCAGGUUCUCCAUUUUGCCCGCGCCAUGUACAAUUAUACCGCGGCAAUCCCGGAAGAACUCACCUUCCACAAGAACGAUAUUCUCGCUGUACUGAGACUGCAGGACGAUGGCUGGUGGGAGGCUGAGGUCAAGGAGAGCCUGAAGGGUAGAGUGGGCGGUCGUGGGUUGGUGCCAAGUAAUUACUUGCAGAGAUGUUGAUGGGUGGAUGAUGGGGAAUGACUUGGUCUAAGCGUGUGUGUGUCUGAUAUCGAGUAGGGCUUGCUGUAGAGUCGAAUUGCAAAUAUGUGACCUACUUACCUAGGUAGGUCUGGGUGGGAUAAUGAAUGGAUGGCGUCGAUUCGCGUGUAAGGGAAUACUUUUCACAUGCUUGCUGGAAUGGCGUUGAAUAGCGGUUGGCAUAGAGAAGUAUACACGUACGUACGUACGUACAGAACAGUACGAAGUGUUGCUUAUGGGCUGUAAGAAGUCUUCCCAUCUCGUUUGUGGGUGUUGAGGUCUCGAGAUGAUGAUUGUCAAAGCCUAUGGAAUGAUUGAAAAUCCUGAUUCAUUUGAAGAGGCAAGAGCAGAGGUUACAUGUAUCAAAC